UUUUGGUCACCUUCCUUUCUUGAGCACGGCAAAGAAAAGUAUAAAAAAUGACUAUGGCAAUCGCUACAUCGCCCUUCCAAAUCGCCACGUUCUGCCGCCAUCGCUCUUACUUCUUCCCUAAUCAACCUCCAUUUCGAUUCUCUUCAACAAGAAAUUUACUAACCCGAAGACUUCUCCAAACUCCGACCGCUAGAUCAGCCAAAAUGUUCCCGCCGGUGGUUAGAGCUCAGGCGACGUCUGCCUCAUUCACACCGGGAAUAGCUCAGACUGUGAUUCAGUGGUUUCAGACUUCUCCUCCUACCUUGCAAUCUGCACUUGCUUGUAAUGUAAUCAUAUUCAUUUUAGGUUCUCCGAUUCUUCGAUCGGGAUUAUCUCUUUCUGGAAUUGGGUCUGCUUUCUUGCUCGGUUCUCUCACUUGGCGUGCCUUUGGACCGCCUGGAUUUCUCAUUGUUGCUGCGUAUUUCAUCAUUGGAACGGCAGCAACAAAGGUGAAAAUGGUGCAGAAGGAGGCUGAAGGUGUGGCUGAGAAGAAGAAGGGAAGAAGAGGGCCAGCAAGUGUUUUGGGUUCCAGCGCGGCUGGAUGUGUUUGUGCUUUCCUUUCAAUAUUAGGAAUUGGGGGGAAACCAAUUUCUCACCUUUGGGUACUUGGAUUUAUUGCAAGUUUCUGUACUAAAUUGAGUGACACAGUCUCGAGCGAGAUUGGGAAAGCAUAUGGAAAGACGACGUACCUAGUGACAACGUUUAAGACAGUUCCAAGAGGAACAGAAGGAGCAAUGAGUUUGGAAGGAACUCUAGCCGGGCUUUUGGCUUCGGUUAUCCUUUCUUCAGCAGGGUGUCUUUUGGGUGAGAUAAAAGCUGUUGAGGCUAUUAUAUGCGUUGCAGCUUCUCAGUUUGCUAAUUUGGGCGAAAGCAUAAUUGGCGCUUCAUUUCAAGAGAAGGAAGGUUUCCGAUGGCUUAACAAUGAUGUGGUCAAUGUGAUCAAUAUAACCAUGGGAAGUAUUUUUGCCAUCUUGAUACAACAAUUCUUGAUCAAAAUCUGAAAUCAGAAAGGAAAAGGCAUACGAUUAAGCCAUAGCAGCAGAUUCACUUGACCGACUCGUGGGUGAAAACCGAUAGGUAGGUAGUUCUCAGUAUGUUAUCGCCCUGCGUAAGUGCAAAUAUAGUUUUUCUAGCAUUGAGGUCUAACAAUUUCAAUCCCUGUGAGAUCUGCUCCUUUAGAACAUCCUACUUUAGUGUUGUAUAAUUUAAGUUCUUUCCCUAUUAAAAUCUUGUUUAAUUAUGUUUGAUGUAUAAUAACUAUAUUUCACUUUAAAUCAAAUGUUUUAAAUAAAUCAA